AUGAACACCUGCCCCCACCGUUCCGUCUCCCUCGUCGAGCUCCGCAACCUGAGCCCAAUACCCUUCCGCCUCUCCCUCGAUGCCACCAUCUCCAACUCGCUAUCGUCGCUCGACUACCGACUCUAUCGAAAGUCACAUCUCAUCAUCUCACCCAUACCUUUCAAACUUUCCUUUCAACGUUCGACCGACCCGAAGCCGCUCUCCCCGGAGGAGAUCACAUCACCGAUCUCGGAUGAGCCAGGAUCCCUACCAGCACCUCCCUAUCGCCUAUCUCUCGGUGGUUCCUUGCCGCGGUUGGAGAUCGAAUCUAUAAAACAUCAACUAAUUUCCCUCUCUCCAGCCAACCUGCCGGAAGAACAAAAGACCAACUCUUCCGACAACCCCAGAACUAUCACGUCCGCUGUCCGCCAUCCGCCGAUCUCGCUGGCAGCCAGUCCACCCCGCGGAUCCAAGCGAAAGGCUACCGACCAUCAACUCCCGCCACCCCACGGCCCAACAGAUACCGACGCAACCGCCCCCUCCGGUCGCAAGCGUAAGCGGCGAAGACAGAAUCGCCGCCGCCGGGGACCUAAGGAACCCUCUCCCGCAAUCAGCGACGACAGCAUAGACCGGCAAGUGAUGACCGCCGCCACCGCGGAAGAGAUGGAUGCAGCAGCCGAGAUGUGGGUCCAGAAGACGAUGCGAAAGCUUGGGUAUCCGGAGUUACUGAACGCCGGUGAUAGUAGUUGCCCAUAG